GGCGCCACCCAAACUUCUGGGACCCUGGCAAAAGUACAGAUAUCGCGGCGCCGAAAACGAGAAGUUUCCAUCUCAGGCAUUUGGAUACUUAAUCACGUUCCUUUCUUCCCGACGUCAGGAGCAGCCGCCUUUGGGAUUUAUGAUUCCAUCACGAUGGCUCCUCUUGUCGACAACAGCCAGAUAAAGAGCGCCGAGCUCCUCUCGCCGCUCCCCACUUACUUUCACCUAUACGUCUGGCCCUUCGCGAUAUUAUGGCCCAUCUUUGCGCGGUACUACUACUCGACCGAUCUGUAUGAGAAACACAUCUCGUCGCAAGAGUGGACGUUCGUCUGGUGCGGCACCAUCAUCACCCUCCAGAGCUUAGCAUGGCUGUGCACCAAAUGGAGUGUCAACCUGCGAGGAAGCUUCACUGCGACAAAGGCCAAAAACGUCGAGGAGGCGCACUUAAUCAAGGUCAUUCCCAUCGCCAAUGCUGGAUCUUCUGAUAUUUGUAAAAUAGAUCGAGACCAGGUUGCUGGCAAAACCAGCCUGUCAUUUUUGUUCCAGAAGCGCCGUUUUCUCUAUGACGUAGAGAAGAAAUCUUUCAGCCCGUUGUCCUACGAAAUUGACGCCGAACCGAAGCCGAAACUCGAAAAAUUCCAAAAGUCGAGGGGCAUCACCAGUCAGGCUGACCUGACGCGCCUAGAACAAUACUAUGGUAGCAACACGUUUGAUAUACCCGUUCCAACCUUCACCGAGCUCUUCCAGGAACAUGCUGUGGCUCCCUUCUUCGUCUUCCAGAUCUUCUGUGUUGGGCUUUGGAUGCUUGAUGAAUACUGGUACUACUCGCUCUUCACUCUCUUCAUGCUGGUUGCCUUCGAAAGCACCGUAGUCUGGCAGAGACAGCGCACGCUGAACGAGUUCCGCGGCAUGAGCAUCAAGCCCUAUGACGUGUGGGUAUAUCGACUUGGCAAAUGGACUGAGAUCUUAAGCGACCAACUUCUUCCUGGCGAUCUGGUAUCUGUCGGUCGCACUAAAGAGGAUAGCGGUGUCGCUUGUGAUAUGCUUCUCGUUGAAGGCACUGUCAUUGUCAACGAGGCUAUGCUUUCCGGUGAAAGUACGCCAUUGCUAAAGGAUUCGGUCCAACUGCGCCCCGGUGAUGCGUCAAUUGAUACUGAGGGCUUGGACAAAAAUGCUUUUCUCUGGGGCGGCACCAAGGUUCUCCAAAUCACCCAUGGAAAUCCCGAUGAAGAGAAGCCAAAGCUUGCUUCCGGAGUCCCUGCCCCCCCUGACAAGGGAGCAAUGGCGAUUGUCCUGAAAACCGGCUUCGAAACAUCGCAGGGCAGUCUUGUUCGAACGAUGAUCUACUCCACUGAACGGGUCUCAGCAAACAAUGCCGAGGCAUUGUUCUUCAUUCUCUUCCUUCUCGUCUUCGCGAUUGCAGCCUCUUGGUAUGUCUGGGACGAGGGCGUCAAGAAGGACCGCAAGAGAUCUAAACUGCUGCUGGACUGCGUCUUGAUUGUUACCAGCGUCGUCCCCCCUGAGUUGCCCAUGGAGCUUAGUCUGGCAGUAAACACUAGUCUUGCUGCUCUGGCCAAAUACGCUAUCUUUUGUACGGAACCGUUCCGGAUUCCUUUCGCUGGUCGCAUCGAUGUCGCUUGCUUCGACAAGACGGGCACGCUAACAGGUGAGGAUCUGGUUGUCGAAGGCAUUGCAGGACUUGGUCUCGGUCAUUCUGGUACAGAUACUCCCAAGGAAUCUGACGGCGCGCACAGCCACAUGACACCCGUCAAGGAAGCUGGUAUGGCCACGACGCUUGUCUUGGCCACGGCGCAUGCACUUGUCAAGCUUGAUGAGGGUGAUAUUGUCGGCGACCCGAUGGAAAAGGCAACUCUCAGUGCUCUUGGAUGGUCCCUCGGCAAGAACGACGUCCUAUCUGCUAAGCCCACGGUCACGGCGGCUGGAGGCACAUCCGGCACCGUUCAAGUCAAGCGCCGGUUCCAAUUCUCGUCAGCCUUAAAGCGCCAAAGCUCAGUUGCAACUGUUCACGCUACAGACCCCAAGACCGGCGACAAGAUGAAGGGUACUUUUGUUGGUGUCAAGGGUGCCCCUGAGACAAUUAUGAAAAUGCUUGUCACGGUCCCUAAGGAUUACGAAGAGACCUUCAAGUACUUCACCAGACGUGGCUCUCGUGUCUUGGCUCUUGCGUACAAGCAGCUUACCACGGAUAACGAACUUGGUUCUGGCAGGAUCAACGAGCUAAAGCGAGAGAAGGUCGAAGCUGAUCUCACGUUUGCUGGUUUCUUGGUAUUGGAAUGCCCACUGAAAGAUGACGCAAGGGAGGCCGUUCGCAUGCUCAACGAAAGUAGCCACCGCGUCGUCAUGAUUACUGGAGACAACCCUCUUACUGCUGUACAUGUCGCCCGCGAGGUCGAGAUUGUGGAUCGUGAUGUCCUCAUCUUGGAUGCGCCAGAAAAUAACGAGGGAGGCGAGAAGCUGGUGUGGCGAAGCGUGGACGACAAGGUCAGUAUCGAGGUCGACGCAUCGAAGCCGAUUGACCCCCAAAUCCUCAAGGGCAAGGAUAUUUGUGUUACCGGGUACGCGUUGGCUAAGUUCAACAAUAAUGUUUCCGCUUUUCGGUCCCUCCUGCGAUACACAUGGGUAUAUGCCCGUGUUUCCCCGAAGCAAAAGGAGGAAAUUUUGCUAGGACUCAAGGAUAUGGGCUACUACACUCUGAUGGCCGGAGACGGCACCAAUGAUGUCGGGGCGUUGAAGCAGGCUCACAUCGGCAUUGCCUUGUUGAACGGCACGCAAGAAGAUCUGACUCGGAUUGCUGAACAUGCCAGAAAUACCAAGAUGAAGGAGCUUUACCAGAAGCAAGUUGAUCUGAUGAAGCGUUUCAACCAACCCGCACCUCCAGUCCCUGUUAUGAUCGCUCACCUCUACCCGCCUGGACCUACUAAUCCCAACUGGCAGAAGGCAACCGAAAGGGAAGCCGGCAAGAAAGGUAUCUCAGUUGAGGAGUAUGCUCGGCAGAACGGUACCAAUAUCGAGACGGUCACAUCUCCCGCUGCUCAGCAGUUGAUGAACAGUGACCCGAGAGCGGCCAAACAGCAAGAAGCUGCCAAGAAAGCUGCCGGAUUUGCCGACAAGCUGGCAUCAUCUAUGAUGGAAGACUUGGAUGAUGGUGAGCCUCCGACUCUGAAGCUCGGUGAUGCGUCUGUUGCCGCCCCGUUCACCAGCAAGCUGCGGAACGUCAUCGCCGUGCCCAACAUCAUUCGCCAAGGCCGGUGCACACUUGUCGCUACCAUUCAGAUGUACAAGAUUCUGGCAUUGAACUGCCUGAUCAGCGCCUACAGUCUCAGUGUGUUGUAUCUCGAGGGUAUCAAGUUUGGUGACGGGCAGAUCACUAUCAGUGGAAUGCUCAUGAGUGUGUGCUUCCUUUCCAUCUCGCGUGCCCGAUCUGUGGAAGGGCUGUCGAAAGAGCGUCCUCAGCCGAACAUUUUCAACUUCUACAUUAUUGGCUCCAUCCUGGGACAAUUUGCAGUCCACAUCGUCACGCUGAUCUACAUCUCGCAGUACUGUGACACUAUCGACAAACGCAGCGACAAUGUUGAUCUCGAGGCCGAGUUCGAGCCAUCCCUUCUCAAUAGCGCUGUUUAUCUGUUGCAAUUGAUUCAGCAAGUGUCUACCUUUGCCGUCAAUUACCAAGGCAGGCCAUUCCGCGAGUCGCUGUCGGAGAACAAGGGCAUGUUCUGGGGUAUUGUGGGCGUGACGGGCAUUGCUUUUGCUUGCUCUACCGAGUUCAUCCCGGAGAUCAAUGAACAGAUGAAGCUGGUCAAAUUCACGCCUGAGUUCAAGAGCACCAUGACAGCUGUCAUGAUUAUCGACUUCCUGGGUUGUUAUGUCAUUGAGAAGGCUCUCAAGUUUCUCUUCAGCGACUACAAGCCUCGUGAUAUCGCGGAUCGUAGGCCUGAACAGCUUCAGCGCGAGAAGGAGCGCAAGGCCAUUGAGCAGGCAGAGAAGGACAUCAAGGCGGAGAGGGAGAGGAUGGCCAAGGUAGAGGAGUUUGAGAAGAAGGUUGAGGAGCGGCGACAGAAGAUCCGAGAGUGGGCGCAGCCUCAGGCUCGGCCUACGAGGUAACAGGAGGGAAUAAGCUCCUUAAUGCAUUAUAUCACUAGAAGCACCAGAGGAGUUGCUGUUGAGGCCAGCGACCCCACUGAGGAUCAUAGACUUGUUUCAUCUUAGGCUAUGCUCGAGUUGUAGAUACAUCAUUCUCACCCCAUCUGACUGCUCAUAAAACAAAAGAACAAGUCUUCGUUUCCAG